GCUUUCACAGAUUACUACAAAUUUUAAAUGGCGGAUCUAGUCAUCGCUAAUGUCGUUUUUUAAGUGAAGAGAGAACUAAAAUAAUAAAUACUUUAUUGUCUAUUUGGUUCCAUUACAGUCUUAGUGCUAUGACGUAUUGAAAUGUGAAUUGUUAAUUAUUGAAUAUUUGUAUUGAUUCCUUUGCUUCAAGAGUGCGAGAGAAGACAGAAUGUCGAGCGAUGAAGAUAAACCUCCUGCGCCUCCUGUCCGGCUAACUAGCAAUCGAGCAACAGACCGUGUCGAUUCUGUUGCAUCUGUUGACAUGAGACCACUGCCGAAAGAACCUGAUGAUGGUGGUGAUAGAAAGAAAAAAACUUUGAAAGCUAAAAUAAAGGGCUCAAAAAGUACUGCUCAUAAUGACAACAAGCCUAAUAUAAGCUAUCCAACUAAUUUUGAACACACUGUUCAUGUGGGAUUUGAUGCAGUAACAGGAGAAUUUACAGGUAUGCCUGAGGCAUGGGCACGGCUGUUAAUGGCCUCAAACAUUAGCAAACAAGAACAGAAGAGUAAUCCACAAGCAGUUCUUGAUGUUCUUAAAUGGUAUGAUGCAUCAGCAACCCAACCGCCUGUAUCUAAAUACAUGACGUCCGCCCAGAUGCAUACAACUCAUUCAGGUUCCUCAGUGUCUCGAGUUUCUUCGAGUAGUCCUUCAUCAUCUACACCUACAGACACAGAGCAUCCAGAGCCCCCACCCCCACCACCUUCAAGACCAGACCGUACUAAGAGCAUUUAUACUAAACCAAUAGAAGAAGAAGAGGCCCCUCCCCAACGACCCGCACCUGCGCCUGCGUCUCCUCCGCACGUUCCGCAUCCUGCUCUCACUACACAUUCUAUAUGCAGUAGAGCAGAGGUGGUGGGGCCGGUAUUGCCGUUGGACCGCAACAAGAACCCCGCGCACACGCCGCCCGCGCUCGCGCCCGCACACGCGCCGCCCGCCAACGGCGCGCCCGCUGCUACUGAGACAGGGUAUGUCAGAAGGUCUACUGGACAACAGCAGAGGAAAAAGAAAAUGACUGAUGAGGAGAUUUUAGAAAAAUUAAGAACAAUUGUUAGUGUCGGUGAUCCCAAUAGAAAAUAUACAAAAAUGGAAAAAAUUGGACAAGGAGCGUCAGGCACUGUGUAUACGGCAAUUGAGACCUCAACAGGAAUGGAGGUUGCUAUAAAACAAAUGAAUCUUAGUCAGCAACCUAAAAAGGAACUUAUUAUUAAUGAAAUCCUUGUGAUGCGGGAGAAUAAACACAAUAAUGUUGUCAAUUACCUUGAUAGCUAUCUCGUGAAUGAGGAGCUGUGGGUAGUGAUGGAAUAUUUAGCGGGUGGGUCUCUCACUGACGUUGUGACCGAGACGUGUAUGGACGAAGGCCAGAUAGCGGCCGUGUGUCGCGAAGUGCUGCAAGCGCUGCACUUCCUGCACACCAACCAUGUGAUACAUCGCGAUAUUAAGUCCGAUAAUAUACUACUUGGUCUCGACGGACAAGUCAAAUUAACUGAUUUCGGUUUUUGCGCGCAAAUAUCUCCUGAACAAAAUAAACGAACUACCAUGGUGGGUACACCAUAUUGGAUGGCACCAGAAGUGGUAACAAGGAAGCAGUAUGGACCAAAGGUGGAUGUAUGGUCAUUAGGAAUAAUGGCUAUUGAAAUGAUAGAAGGAGAGCCCCCCUAUCUUAAUGAAAAUCCCCUGCGAGCGUUAUACCUAAUCGCUACUAAUGGUAAACCAGACAUCAAAGACAAAGAUAAACUUAGUGCUGUUUUUCAAGACUUCCUUGACCAGUGCCUAGAAGUGGAUGUAGAAAGGCGCGCUACAGCACUAGAUUUACUUAAGCAUCCGUUCCUAAAAAUGGCUCGGCCGUUGGCCUCGUUGACGCCUCUGAUAAUGGCAGCGAAAGAGGCCGCAAAGGGCCAUUAGCGGCGGCCCCCGGCGCCCGCCGCGCCGCGCGCGCCGCCCUCCCCCCGCGCCGCCGCCGCGCCACCACGCCCGGCGCCCCAGCGCCCCGCGCCCCCGCGCCCGGCGCCCCCCGCGCCCCGCUAGCGCGUCCAGUGCCUCUCUGCGUCCGCAGCACAUUGUAUUCCGCGACUCGGCCACUUGCGCCCGACGGCACCCCUCGACUCGACCUCUCUAUCUCUGAUAUUUAGGUAUAGAGACGUCCGACAAGUGGCUGCAAGCUAUACAAAGUAUAUAUUUUUACAAGCGACUAUGAAUUAACGAUAAUGCAGUCCAGUAGCCGUAACGAGUACUGUAGUGUCGCGUAGGAGUUAUUCGUUUCGCGUCGGUGACGUGAUCUCUGAUUGACGUGUUUCGCUCGACUAGCGGGAGUAUUUGAAUAGAAUGUAGAUAUAGUGUGUUAGAGUUGAAUCGAAUUGUUACGGUUAUCUGCAAACGAAGACUGGCAGUUUAUAUAUUAGAUUUAUAAAUAUUAGAAUACUUAUAGGACUUUGUAAUAGUACGAUCAGCUUUUUCACUGUGAUGAUAUUUGGUGACAGUAGAUUGGAACACGUCAGUGCAGGGCGAGAGCUUAGCGUUAGAUAUGUGCUGUACCUAAAGUACAUAUUAAAUAUAUACUAGAACUGACCGUCAACGAUAUAUUUGUAUUAAAAAUUUGAUUGGCGUAAGUGAUAAAAAUAGGGAAAAUUUUUGAAUACCUAUUUACUGUAAUUUUUUUGGUCAUAAAUUUUCUUAAAAUUUAUAUAUAUCAACUUUAAAUAUUUUACUGUGCUUCUAUUUAUUUUAUGUAAUGUUUGACCUUUUUUUUAAUGUGUAAGCUUUAUUUUGCUACUAGAUAGCUAGUUUAAUAUUUAAUAUUUUAAACUGCUUUAAUUAUGUAUGUUGAAAAGUUUUUUUUUUUUAUUAUAAAAUUGAGAUUUGAACAUUUUUCAUUGAUUCGUUUUUUUUAAUGUUUGUUAUAAUGCUAUUUUUUAACAUAAUCAUAAAACUCAUACUUGGUUUUGAGUAAAUCAUUUAUUGUUAGUCAUGGAAAUGAAGCAUUUACAUAGUAUUAAGUUUAAAUAGUUUAUUUAUAUGACAUGAAUAUUAAUCUGGUAUUAUAAAAGCAUAUUGGCGCCAUUACAUUUUAAUAAAAAAAAUCUAUGGUAGGUAAUUCACGAGAAUACUACUACUUAAUCGAGAGUAAGUUUGACGACAUUUGAUUAAAAAGAGAGUAUGUUUAUAAUUACUGAAUACCAAAUUUAAACACACAUUGUGUUGUGUGUACAAUAUAAUAUGUGUGUUUAAAAUCCUAUUCUUUCCUAUUAAAGUUAUAUGUCUUCCGCAAUUAAUUAAACCUUACAAGUUUGUUUGCAAACUCUCGAAAGAAAAUGUUUGGAAAUGGAAUUCAAAACGCAUUUAUAAAACAUUUAAGACAAUAUACAUUAGACACUAGAUAGAUUUAAAGAAUAACCAAACCAUGCUAUAUUAUUAUAUAACUACGCAAAAAGUAUUUUUCAUUUUUAAGAAAUGUCCUCUCUGCUUUAUAUUAUAUAGGUUGUGCCGAAAGACGCUGUUUUUAGUUAUUAUUUUGCUAUUUAAUAUUAAAGGUGAGAUAAGCAAUUGUAUGGACAACAUUGAAUGACAUGAUUUAGGCCUUAACAUUGAAACUGAUUGAUUACUUAAAGCAUACUAUGUUAAUCUUAUAGGUAUAUGUGGCCAUACCUGCAAAAUGUAAAAUAAUAUAAUACCUACUUAAAAUGAAGAAAACAUUAUAAUAUUUAUUAUAGUAGGUACAAGAUGUAUUUUAAUGUUACAUGAAAAUACUUGUAACUCUUUAUUAGACGUGAAUAAAUACAAUUUAAUGAAAUAAAACAAAUAUACCGUAUUAUUUACCUUUAUUUAAACAAAAAUAUAAAGUUAUAUAUUUCUACUUUCCUUUUAGUUUUACUGAAUGAAAAUUGACUGGCCUUAACGACUUAUACUAAAAAUACAUUUAACAUGGCCUAUGUAUACUAAUAUAGUGCAUCCAUACAAAACUAUUGUACAAUAAUGAAUAUAGAAAGUUUGUUCAUAAUAGCAGAUAUUUCAGAGCUUGGAAGUUUCAGUAUGAUAGUAUAUAAUUUAAGGAGUGUAUUACCUAUGUGAUCUUGAAGAUGAAUUUGCAAGUAUGAAUAAGAUAAAAUGAAAGUUGAUAUGUAAUUAUAUCUAUAAAUUAAGUUGAAAAUGUAUUAUUAAUAAAUGUAAUGAAAUAAAAUGAAAAUAAAUGGCGUGAUUAGUAA